AUGGCAAGUGGUAAUGGUAGUAAUAGGAAUCCACACGCAACAAAUACAUCACGUAAGGUAUUGGUUGUGGCUGAUCCAACACGUGAAUCAGCUGGAGCACUUCAAUAUGCACUUUGUCAUGCUGUAAUGGAACAAGAUGAAUUGAUUCUAUUGCAUGUUAUUGACACUAUACCAUCAUGGCGCAAUACACUUUCAACUUUCCUUAAAAUGCCUUCAUUAGGAACAUCAGCGACCGCGUCGUUAGGUGACAUUGGAGGCGGAGGUGCAGGAGGAGGUGCUGGAGGAGGUUCUGGUGCGGAGGGUGUGACCGUAAUUGAUUUUCUUGAAGAAAUGAAGAAUGCUUGUAAAGUUUCUCAACCUAAAUUGAAAGUUCGCGUUAUGAAGGUGGAAACGGAGAAUGGAAAAGAUAGAGCUAAUACUAUUCUUUUACAUACCAAAGAGGUUGAUGUUGUAGUUAUAGGCCAAAAACGCACCCUUUCUUCAACAUUAUUAGGAGGAUACAAGCGACCUUCAGGAGGAUCUUUGAAAGGGGCGAAAAUGAUAGACACGGCCGAGUAUUUGAUUCAUAACACCCCGGGCACAUGCACAUGUGUUGCGGUUCAAAGAAAAGCUAAUGGAGGCUAUGUUCUCAAUACAAAAACUCACAGAAACUUUUGGCUUUUAGCCUAAUUUUUCAGGUUUAAUUUCAUGCAUUCACUUAUGGGAUUGUAAAUGGUUGUUUGGUAUAACUGGAUUGUAAAUGAGUUUAAUUUGU